UUUGUGGGACAUUAUGGAUUUUUUCGCGCGGGCGCGAAAUGUGCUUGCUUCCGACUAGCUGCAGAAUUAGUUCGCUUUUUUCAAUAUAAUUAAAAAUGUUAGAUGUUUUUGCCGCUUAGAGUUAUUCGUCAAAGUGUAACGACUUAGAUUACAACCAUGUUCAGUAAUUAAAAACGUUUCGAAUUAAAAUUAUUAUGUGCGUGUAUUGAAUUGUGGAAUUAACUACAUAUUUCUGCGAUUAAUAUUUCUUAUUGAAAAAAAUGGGUUCUAUUGUUUUGAAAAGUUUAUCCGUGCUUUUGGGAAUAUUUUUUGUAUUUGUCGGAAUCACAAAAUUAACACCUAUGAUAUCGAAAGAAUUGCAUAAGGAUUUGAGAAAGGAGUAUGUUAGAUAUGCAAAAGUAUUCCCACUGACUGAUACGUUGGACUUCAAAUUACCAUCGAAAUGGUACAGGAGGACCGUGGGUGGUUUAGAAAUAUUAUUUGGGUUAGCGUUGGCAGUUGCACCUAAUCAUAAGUUGAAGAACGCCGCGAACAUCGGCCUGGUGUUGCUAAUGAUCCUGGCGGCGUACUCUCACGUGAUGGUGGGCGACCCGUUCGACCGAUGCGCGCCGGCUCUCGUAUUCUUUUUCAUGCUCAGUGGGAGGCUCGUCGUUUGGUAUCAGACGAGUCGACGUGAACAGCUAGAGAAGUCCGCCACAGCCCAGAACGGCAACGGACUAAAGAGGGAUUAAAUGAAGACAUUUUAUAAAUAAGCUACGUUAGCAUUAAUGAGUAAUAUAUUGAACUUUAAAAAUAAGUUUAUUUUAUAUUGUAAAUAUUUUGUUCAAGCAUUAAUUGAUCUACAAUCUUACAUGAAUCACUGUGAUUUCGCUAGUCAAAUCUGUUGUUACAUGUUGCAUUAAUUUGAUGUUACUUUUAUAUUGUUACAAUUCUGUACAAGGCGUAGUUUUGAAAAGUCAUCGGUGAACUAAAAUGCUGGUAUGUUCUUUUUUGUUUAUUAACACAAUAAUGAAUAUGUUUUUAAUUCAUUUAUUUAAAAAUCCUUGAGUUACGAUUUUUCUGUGUUAUGAAUGGAUACACAUAGGUUUUAAAAAUAUUUUUAGCAAAGACGCUGAGUAACUGCAGCCUCUAGUUCGGAUACUGUAGUCAGCGUGCUUAGUGCGAGUUUUUUAACGUUUUCGAUAGCGUAAAAGUUAACUCAAUUUUGUAUGGAGUUGGAACGUUUACCUACGUUUGCCGCUCUGGAGC